AUGGGGACGGGCGCGGCGGCGCUGGGCCGGGCGGCGCUGGUGGCGGCGCUGGUGCUGCUCUACUACGGCUUCUCCAUCGGCAUCACCUUCUACAACAAGUGGCUGAUGAAGAGCUUCCCGUUCCCGCUGCUCGCCACGCUGCUGCACCUCCUGCUCAUCUUCGCGCUGUCGGCGCUGUGCCGCGCCGUGCUGCGCUGUCGCUCCGGGCGGCCGCCGCCGACGCUGUCCUGGGCCGAGUGGCUCCGCCGAGCCGCGCCCGCAGCUUUGUCAACUUCCUUGGAUAUUGGGCUGAGUAACUGGAGCUUCCUGUAUGUCACCGUCUCCCUCUACACGAUGACCAAAUCCUCUGCCAUCCUCUUCAUCCUGCUGUUUUCACUGCUCUUCAAGCUGGAGGAAAUGAGGGUGGCAUUGGUGCUGGUGGUUGUGCUCAUCGCUGGGGGGCUCUUCAUGUUCACCUACAAGUCCACGCAGUUCAACACACAGGGGUUCAUGCUGGUGCUGUGUGCCUCUUUCCUUGGGGGUGUUCGCUGGACUCUCACGCAGAUCCUUAUGCAGAAGGCUGAACUGGGGCUCCAGAACCCCAUUGAUAUCAUGUUUCACCUGCAGCCACUCAUGUUCCUGGUGCUCUUCCCUCUGUUUGCAGUGUUUGAGGGCCUGCCUUUGUCCAUAUCAGAGAGGCUCUUCCAUUUCCAUGAAGCAGGAGUGACGUUCUGUAUGGUAGGAAAGCUGUUGUUGGGUGGAAUUCUUGCCUUUGGUCUAGGCUUUUCUGAGUUCCUCCUGGUUUCCAGAACAUCUAGCCUCACCCUUUCUAUUGCUGGUAUUUUUAAGGAAAUCUGUGUUUUAUUCCUUGCCACACACUUGCUGGGAGACCGCCUCAGUCUCUUGAACUGGCUUGGCUUUGCUGUCUGUCUGUCAGGAAUCUCUCUUCAUGUCAUUCUCAAAGCCGUAAAUUCCAGAGGUGAGAAAACACUGAAUCUACACAAAGAGACACACUCUGAGCCUGACCUGGAGCUGCUGCUGCACCACGCUGAGCAUGGGGAGGAGGAAGAAGAUGUUGGAGCCCUACAACAACACUGAAUGAACGUGAAGCAGAAUCCCCUGCUCUGUACUUACCAGGUCUGUCUGACAACUGCCUGGGAAGGAGGUCUAAGAUUCUGUGUCUUUGACUUUCCAAAGGGGAAUGAGGGUCCAGUUGGGAAUCCUGCUGUUGUACUGCAGUGUGAAUGCUGCACAGAAAGCAAGGAAUACGCUUUGCUGGAGAGCAGACUUGGAAGAUGAAUCCCAGUUCAGCAGAAGUAAAUGGUGAGACUGGGAAAUGCUAUAGAAAACUUUCUAGGGAAUCCUGAAGGCUUUAUAUUGACAUUGUAGACCAUGAACUGCGGAUCAAAUAUGGACAUGUCUGGACUGCAGGCUGAGUGGUUCCAGGAUGGUUUUAGUGGUGUUUAGGCUUUAGCUCCAAAGAGGAAGGUAGGUGCAUCUUCCUGUGCUCGUUUUGUGGUUCUGGCAAAUGGGAGCUCCUGUCUUUGUGGGAGCAGAUAAUUGCAUGUAAUUCCCAAGACUUGUCCUAGUGAGAAAGGGCCUUUGUGCUUGGUGACCUUCACGUAUGUAUGUAAGAGAGGGAUGCUUACCUAUUUGCUGGUAUUUGGGACCAAUUAAAUUCAGCCAAAUUAUGUUGGGCAGAGAAAGAACAAGGGUGCAGGGAGUCCUGCUGGCCCUACAGCCAAGGUGGCAGAGGGUGCACUUAGCUUGAGCAGUAAGCUUUUCAGAAAGUAUGUAUUUUUUAUGUCUGGUUGGUUGGUUUUGGUGGUUUGGUUUUUAUUUUCAAUAAACUAGUUUUCUGAUUCCCUACUGUCUGCACAUUAUGUAGCUGUGCUUCAGCAAGCAGAGAUCACUUCUCUUUUGAACUUUCUCUCAGACCCACAGUGUCCUUUCUACUGCAUGCCCAAUUGAUUUGGACAAAUACUUGCUCAUCAGCAGGUUGCUUGACCUCUAGGAUUACGGGUCCUGUUUGCCAGCUGAGGAGGAUUUGUCUACCUUGAUGUGCCAACAGGACCCUAUAUCCUAAGAACACGUAGUAUUCUGUUUCACUGUUGGAACCUUAUGUCUGCCCCAGUGGUUUGGGUCAGUGAGAGCUGAAAUUUGGUCUGGGGAAAUGGCAUAGCGCAGGAUUUAAGGUGUAUCUAUUGCCUUUAUGCUGAGCCUGAAAUGGGGUUGGGCAGCAGCUCUUUAUUUUUCUCUGCCUGGCAGAAUUUUCACCUCUCUGGCAGUUCUGUUUGCUGUGUGAGCUUGUACAGUUUUUGAGGUGGGAAUGACUUUGAGAACACUUCCCAAAGGUUCAGCGAUGCAGGCUUUCUCUUGAGCGGAGCUGAGCAUUGAAGUGAAUUUGUCAUACUCUGAGAACCUGAAACAUCUUGACUGGUUGCCCCUCCAUUGAUUUUACUCGGUAGCUUUGAGACAGGAGGCCUUUCUUGGUGUCUUUAAUCAGGAGCAUAUCUGGAGGGGGAAAAAAAAAUGGUUCUGAGGAAAACUUGUUAAUGCUGAUCAUUUUUCAUGGUGUUCUAAAGGACCCUGGUGUCUUGCUUUAAAGCAGACAGCAGGUGGAGCAGCUACCUCAUGCAAUGCUCCUGAAGCAGUGCUGGUGGCCUGGCAGCACCCCAGGGGAUCCUGUGUGCCAAGUGGGACAUGUCCUAGAGUGGGAAUGGUUUGUUCUGUCACUGGCUGGAUUUUUCCAAUAGUUAGGGCUCCUGAUGCUUCCACUAGGGUUCACCUGUUUGCCCUGCUGAGAGGUGUAAGCACCAUCUUCUUUUGUAAGCACUAAAUACUGUUUUUACAUACUGGGGGGCAAUGAUGCUUUCUGCACGUGGGCUGUUAGCAGUGUUGCAGUUGCUCUUUGCCUUUCCCUUUUCACUCUCCUUGGAACUUUCUACUCUUGGCUUCUUUUUACUGCGUAGUUCUUUGGAUUUCAGGUCCCUGCAAAUCUGAGGUAAGGUGACUUUGUUCACAAAGAUUUGCAUCCCAUAUGGUGCUGAAAGAUAAAAUUUAAUUGUGCCUGUGCAGGUUCUUGGGAGCUGUAGGGCUCUGCAGUCUGUUGCUUCCAGAGUUUCUUCUUUAAGGUAGAGUUGAUGCCCUGCAGCCUAAUGUCCAACAUUUUGCAUUUCUGACCUAGAUACAACUUCUUGGUGACAAAUGCAUCACUGACAUUUACUCCAGUUAUAUGUGCUGCUAAUACCUUUUGGAACAGAAAUAGUCAGGGCCUCCUGUUGUCACUGAAGCUGUUGUAGACUUGGGUACACAGUGAGAGGAGUGAGGUGGUCGUGCAGACCCUUCUCUCACCAGCCCUAAGUCAGGAGCUGCUUGAGGAUGGGAGGUCAUCAUCUUUUGUGCCAUUGUGUGUUGGCACAGUUUGGUUGGCCUCUCUUUCCCAAUGGGAGACUGUGAAGGUUGGACAUGCUGGAAUGCAUGAGCGCUGCAGUGCUGAGAAGAGCUGUGUGUGUGGCAGUGUGGGUAUGCCAGCACCUCAGGUGGGGAGAACAUGCACACGUGUUCCUGCUGGGGAGGUCUGUGCAGGUCUGCACACACUGACACACAGCCAGGCACAGGAAGUAGAGGGCUGUGGUUGAAUAUUGAUGAUGUUUGAACUAAUUAAUGAGUGGAAGCAAAGCUGGAUGAAUCUCAAAGGUGCUGCCCUCCUUCCACAAGUUGUGUCCUUGCCUGUAAGGCCAGGUUUUUACAUGGACUCUGAUUUUUGCUCCCUGCCUCCUCCCAGGAGGUCUCUUUACUUGAGCAACAGCUGCUUGCCUUCCUGCUGGUAUUUCAAUGCAGCAAACACUCUGAGGGCAAGUAGAAAUCGUCCCUGCAAACCCCUUUGCACUUUCCAGUUCUCUGCCCAGAAAACAAGGUCUUAUCACCAAGCUUACUGUCAGGGCUCACAUGCAUUUGUGAUUUUUGCCAUGGCAAAUUCUUGCCCCUACUUCAGUGCCAAGGCUCUCCCUUUCAGCACUGCAGUGUUGAGGUUUUGGUGUUCACAGCCUUAAGUCUCUGCGCUCCAAGGGUGGUGAUGAACCUUUGCUCCUAGUCUGCACCCCGUGCAUGGGAAUGACACCUCUUCGUGCAGUCACGCUUACCUGAGAGGUAGGUUGGGAAUGGCCUCAUGGGCAGAAUUGUUUGUCUUGUUUUGCAUUAGGAAAGGUGAUGUAGCCAAAAGAGGGCUGUCUGAGAGUUAAGAAAGCGGUGGUGGUGGUGGUGGCUUUUGCUUCCCUCUCCCAGGUGGUCUUCUUUCUGGCAGGAGCAGAGAGGGAGGUCUGUGAGGCUGGCUGGAGCUUGAGGCAGCACCCAGUGGCUGCCCUGCUCAGGACCUUGCUGGGAGCAGAGCUGCUGCUGCUGCUGCCUUGUGGCAACUUGCCCAGUGAAAAGUAGCAGAAUUGACCGUGCAAUUGUUAAUGAAAGUCACAAGCAGGAAGAUGUAGCCAAGGCCUGUGAUUGCACUAAUUGGUGGCAUCCUCAUGAAUGUGCCAAGAGCCAUUCUCCUGAUCUCUGCCUAGUAAUUCUUCUCAUGUCAUGUUUCAGCAUCUCCUGUGUGAGGCAGACCCUGCCUGGCGGAUGUGAUAAGUGUGGAAGUUGAUGUAGAGCUGCUCCUUUGUGUUCAGAUGUUGAAAGUUUUCAGUGGAACAAUCUGUGGAGAAGGUGUUGGAGUUGGUGCUGGGUACUGCAGCCUUGCAUUCUCCAUCUGUGAGAUGAGCUGGAUCAGCCCAAGCCAAGCAGGAACUUCUUGGAUUCUCUCAGCAGGCACCACUGCCAAGAGCUCUGUUCUGUUUUCUCAGGUAGCUCCUGUGUGGGUACUGAUUGCAUUGAGGGCCCCCAAAGCCAUCUCUUCCCUAGGCUGAACAAACCUGGCUCCCUGUGCUUUUCCUUCCAGAGCAGAUAUUCCAAUCCCUGAAUGCCUUGCUGGUUCUCUACUGAACUCAUUUUAAUUUGUCUGUGUCUUUUCCUGUAUUGGGGGGAAGUUAGAUGCAGUAUUCUUCAUAGUGUUUACAAAAUACGGGUACAGAUGGAUCAUCGCUUCCCUUGACCUAUCACCUGCUGUGUAGCUAGCAAUUAAAAUGCCAGUGUGUGUAGCUGGCUCAUGUUUAAUGUUUUCUUUCCUGAGAUGCCCUGGUUCUCUUCGUAAGAGGAGCUGGAAAGCCAGGGGUAAUCCUGCAGACACUUGGACAGGGCGCUAGGCUGCCCUGAUAGGCUGCUGUUGUGGCACAGAUACCACAGGGGUAUUCCCUGUGCUAGUGUGAGUUUAAAAGCUAUGUGGUUUUGGAGGACUUAACUUGCAAAAUUGUUAAGACAGGGACAGUGACAUUGGAGUCAGGCCUGAAAGAGGAGGGGUGGGCAAGAACAUGUGGCAUACUGCUGUCACUGGGCUGGCAUGGCUGACAGCUGUCCAGAUUCUGGAACGGGUGCAGAUUGGCCUUGCUAUAAUAAGCUCUGCAGGCAGGGUCUACUCCCAGCUCUCAAAAGCCUGCAGAUCCUCAACUUUUUCUUGUCCUCUGCAUGUUCUAUGGAGCUGGAUGCUCCUUCUGCCCAACACUUUCCUCCAAAUUUGUUUCUUGUGAGAGAAAACGGCAAACCCAGCAUAGCUUUUGCCCUGGGACAGGUCUUUGGCUUCCUUGACACAAGUGCACUGCGAACAUUCUCCCCAGUUUCCUUCCAGGAAGUUGUCCUCAAUCUGCCAGUGCUCCUCAGCAUCUGACCGCCUACCUGUGCAGGGUGCAGCCUGCAGGAUUCCCCUUGAAGCUCUCAUUCUUCCCUACAUCUGUAUUCUUUGAUGUUCGGCAGCCUUGCCCUUCCUGUUAACACUCUUAUCAGAGCCCACAGCUGAACUCCCCUGCUGUUGGCACAGGGAGGGGAGGCAGUUCUGCACUGCAGUCUGAUGGGCUUUGGUGUGGGUGGUAGGAACAGUGUGAUGAGAAAGGAGCCCACGUGUGGGGGGAGGGCCUGGAGGAAUAUUCUUGUUACCUGUCCUCGCGCCAGCCUCAGAAAGGAAGCCUUGCUCCCACCAGGGGUGACCCCAGCCAUCCCAGUAGCCAUCCUAGUAGUAGUGCUGUCCAUUGUGGGUUUGGGCAGAGGUGGGCACUGAUCCCAGGUCCGUCCCCAGGUGGCAGGUGAGACCAGAGCUCCCUGCAGGUGAUGGAGUGCCUCUGCACACAGUGCUGCUGGACCUCGUGCUGCCAGCUUCAUGGAUUUUAAGGCCUGAAGUGACUGUUCAGUUAUCCGGGGGCCCUGUGUAACUCCAAGUGAGAAAUGCCAUUAUCUUCUUUAGCCUGUAAUGAACUCAGUAUCUCUCAGCUGAUGUAUUUUCCAUGACAGGAUGGAGGAUGCUAGGAGGCAGAGCAGAUGGCACUUCCCUGGUAGCGUGGCCUGGUGCUGUGUUUCCUAUUUGCACUUGCUUGACUACAAGCUCCAGCCUCUUUUCUUCACAAAGUUAAAGAGCUCUUUCACACCAAGUAUUUUCUCUCUGUGAAGUGCUUACAAUCAAAUCACCUCUCAGGCUCCCUUUUUGGUGAGAUAACAGACUGAACUCUUUCAUUCUGUCUCUGGCAAAUGUUUUUUCCAGCCUCCAAAUCACAUUUGUCAUUCUUCUGUACAUCCUACUUUUUUUUUUUUUUUAUUUUUUCAAAAUCCCUUUAGAAAUGUGGGCACCAGAACGGAUCGUCAGCGCCAUCCCACUCACCACAACCAUCCACAUCUCUUCUUUCCCGACUAAUAGCGUAUGCAGGAGACAGAGUGCUCUGUGUAGAGCAAAAAAGGACUCUGUGGCCCAUGAAUGACUGAUUUCCCCUCUGCCUGAUAUUAGCCCAGGUGGGUCAGUCUCACUGUCAUUGCCCACUGUCAAACCCACCAGGUUGGCAGGUCCUGGAGGGUAAGAGAACAAAGAACAGUGAGUUUUUGCUGGGAAUUGUAUAUACUUGUUUCCAUCAUUGGCACUUGGCCCUUGGUUUAGCUGCCUUCCCCACUGCCACAUCUUCCAUGGAAAAGCAAGCAAAAUGGAGGCUUUAAACAGAGAAGAGGAGGGGAAGGCAUCUAACCAGAAAAGGACACAGAAAACAAGGAAUGAGAAUGGUGAGAGAUGCAGUUGCAGAAGCUAGAGGGCAUGAGUGCAAGAACUCAUUCUGCCCAGCAUUCAAAGGGCUUUGGUGGGGCACAGAACUGUCCUACAAGACCCCCUCUAGAUUACAUAGCCCUGCCAUCUGAGUUGCUCUUAAACUUCUCAGCUUUGCAGGACUGGGUGAUUGCUUUAUCAGAGCUGCUUACAUUAGCAGGCAGUAAUGGGCACCUGCGCUAAAGAGCCUGCUUUAGAUUACUGCUGAAUGCAGAUCAAACUCUCCACAGCUGGGAGAUUACGAGGGGGAGGAGUGGUAAUGCUUACGUUUACUCUGUCUUUCCAGCAGGUGCUCCUCUUCCCCCAGGGCUGAAGCAUUUUUGGUGUUUGUUUCUUGUGCCUUAAAUCUGCAGUGGCACCAGCCGGGGCUCCAUGGGAAGCGUAGCUCUCAGGAGCAUAGAGGACAGGCGCAGCUCACGCAGUGCUCAUCUCUAUUCUUUGUCAUGUGGGUGUUUCUUACAGAAGCUUCUGCUAAAAAUCUUGCCUUGAAUGGUGAAGGUGUGAGAGGAAUUUGGUCCUUGGCUGUUCCCUUAGCCCCGUGUUGUGGGUCUCUCCCCCUAGCAUACAGCUCCCUUGGCUACUGCUGCAUCAGCACUCCCUGUGCACUGGGCCCAGCCCCUUUGUGUUGCCAUUCGUCAUUUCUGAUCCAGUAAAUAACAGUACAGUGAGGGACUGAUGUAAAUUGUGGGUAAGAGCCCUGGUGUAAGGAAAGAAGGAAAAAUGGAGAGUCUCUGCAGAGGGAGAGCACUGGGCUGUGUGAUGGAAACACAGAGGGUUGGCUGCAAGCACCUGAGGAUAAACCAUGCUGGUAUUUCAGGAGUGCAGCAGCCUAGUGGAUCCCAGGUGGUGAGGAGUCCUGCUCUAUGUGGGAAGCAAGGCCUUUGUAGGCUUCACUACAGGAUUCCAGUCCCACAGUUCUGAGAACCAUACCUUGAGCAGUAAUAAAUUGACCUAAGCUGCACUGCUCACCCUUGGCUCUGUCUCUGCAGGCUGCAGUGCUCUGGCAGAAUCCCAUGAGAGGCACCCAGUGUCUGUUGCAGGGGACUGCAGCAGCUGUCCCACUGCCACGCGCAUCCAGUGCUCACGUAAGUGGCAAGAGUGGGUGCAGAAGGAGUUAAAUAGUGCUGGGAAAAUUGGUAUUUAAUCCAGCACUGUCCCUUCUAGCAAACCUAGAUGGGAAAAUGCCUCCCUGUUGGAAACGGUGCCUCUCAGAAAUGGAAAUGCAGGAUGGCUGGGGAUUAGGGUGCCUAUCGCUGGAAAUGGGUUUCUUAUCAUCUCUGUGUUGAAUUGGUGGGACAGCCUCUGAAAAUUGAAUUGCCUUCCCUGUUUCUCUCUCUGCCAUUGCAUCCCUCCUGUGCUGUAGCUUUGCACAUGCUUUCCUGCCUCUGGUCUCCCUUGUCCCUACGCUCAGCAGAGCAGUGUCUGUCUGCAAGGCGUUCACGUCUGUGGAGAGGUGCUGCUGUGGGCAGGGCUGGCUGCAUUAGGAGGGUUUCAUCCCUGGGACUCGCAAGGCCAGGAUAAAGACCCUUUCCAAGCUUCCUUCCAACUCUGCAAGGACAGUAAAGGCAGGGCCUGACACGGGGCAGUGCAUGAGGAGGCUUGGGAUGAUCAGAAGACAUCAGACACAACUGGAAAGGAGGACUAGUGGUGAGCAGCUGGGGGAGAAACCAGACUGAACAUGCAGCAGGAAAGAGACUGACUGACUUCUCAUGAGACAAGAAGCAGCCUUGAUCCCAGGGUUUGCUGUGCCAUGCAGAGGUGUGGCAUCCCACAUCUUGGGCUGUGACUGUGGUGGUCAUUCGUCCUCAUUCCUCCUUGCAGCUUGUCUGUGGUGUGAAACACGUGCCACAAGCAUCAGUCUGUACACAGCUCUGUGCUGCUUCCAGGCAAACCCACGCAGCGUGGCUGUUCAGUGCACCUGUAUCUUUCUCUGCCACCUGUGGAUCUUGCAAAGAAAAAACGAUGGAGCAGAUAUGGGAGCCAGCACAGAGCUGUCCCUGUGUCACCUGUGGAUAUUGAGGGUCACCCAGCUGGGCUGUGCCUGGCCUGGAUGUGCAUUUUAUCACCUGGGGCUCUCACAGCCCCUCGGGUGUGUGGUCAUGUGUUUAACAACUAUUAAAGCAACUUCUGUUUCAUUUUGGGCUAACGCUGAUAAAUCAAGGUGACUUUGGGGAGAGAAAUAAUUCCUUUCCUCGGAUUUGCAUAAUCCUGGCUGGUGAUAUGAUAAUGGUGUUUGUUAAAGACAGGACACAAUAAAUUAAUACUGUUAAGUUGUUGCUGCAAUCUGCAAAGCAGGUAAUUUACUGUGGGUGCAAAGGAGAGAGUGAGUGCUGCAGGCAUGGCCAUAGCCUCUGUCCUCAGGUUUCACUAUGUGCACCUGGGUUCACUCACGUGGUGCUGCAGGACAAGUGAGGAAGAGCUGGUGUGAUGCAUAGAUAGAGAGAGGUGCUUGGUAGAGGUGCAUUGGAGUCUCACUCAUUCCCUGGGCUGCAGCUGCAGUUCCAGAGCCAUCCUUGCAUGUCAUAUCCCACUGGAAUCCUAAUGCACCAUUUAUCUCUGCAGCUUCACAGCUCUAUUAGAAGGAAGAUGCUGUGUGGGAGCCAGAGCUGGGUUUCAAGCUAAUUGGAUUCUGUGUCUCCGUGGUUUCUCAUGUAGGCAGGCAACAGGGAUUAGUUGUAGUGCUUCUGAGGAACAGAGGAGAGUUGAGGAUGACCUGCAUGGGGAUUUCCUCCUGCAUAACCCCUGCUGCUAGCAAAGGACUUUUUGAACAGGCUGUUGAGGUGGAAGGGCUGGGAGCAGCAUGUCCUUAAUCUUUGGUAGUGUUGCUGCCUGAAUUUUGUGUUUUCUUCCUAAUUCUUUGAGCCAGGUGCUGUUCACUUUCCAGGGAAUAAACUAGCUCAACCAGCCUCCUGGUACUGUUCUGGUCUCUCCUGCUAGCCCCUUGUAGGGGAAACCAGAUGGAAAUCAAACUGUUGGUGUCUCCAGAGCACAACUAACCACCUGCCAGAGUUACUCCCCUUUGCCUUCCUGCUCCCAAGCCUAGCUACUGGCUGGAAGCAGUGCACAUCAGAUAUCCAUCUUCCCCAAGUUCCUAGUCUGCCAGGGGAGGAACGGAAUUCACCUCAUUAACAUAGAUUUAUUCCUGUAUAAACAUUUCAUUGCUUUAAUUGCAAACCAGUCAUACUGCAGGCAGUGGUGGCAACACCUCCAUUUACACUGAGCAUUGGAGGCAGCAGGGUGUGUAUGGCACGUGUCUGAGUGCAUACAGGUAGGAUGUGCCAUGGUGUCUGCAUGCAGAAGUGUGUGCUGUGCAACACAGUGUCAGCUGGUCUGGGUAAGCGGCCCUUCUUCGUGGCAGUAGUGAGGCCCUGGGGCCCCAUCCAGCUGAGCACCAGUGCAGGAGGAUGCACCCAGGCAAUGGUCUGUUGGACUGACAGCUCUGUAUGUGCAGAGGGGUUCUUGACAGCCUGCUGCUGCAUUUCAUGCUCUCUGCUCUCCCACAUUCUCACCCAAACGUUAAUUUUACGGAUGCCUUUAUAAAUCUCACCGUUUUCUCCUGUUCAUGGGCUUCAUAGAUUUCAUCAUGCUGAGAGAUGGCACUUCUGGCCUCUGGUACCAAGCUAUCAAUUUAAUACUCUGAGUGUAAUAAAAAACAUGGGAUGGUAUUAAGUCACAAUUACUCUGCUGCUCUUUGCUGUAACUCCUCCUGUUCCAUCUGAAAACCUGGGAUCCAGAGUACGUGCAUCAGCUGCUGGCAGAGCUACAUGCACAGGACAGCCAGCACAUCCCAGCUUGGAGCUGCCCGUUUCCCAAACUGUGAGCUGCUCUCCUGCUUGCCAAGAAUACAGAGGUAUCCCUGCCUCUGUCAGACCAGACCAUGUAGAUGUUGAGAUUGCUGCCAUUCAUUUUCCAGGUCUGUUGAGUAAAUGUGGACCUGUAAGAGUCAUUUUUUUUUCUAUUCUGUUCUGCUGGUUUGUGAAGUUGGGACAUUUCUCAUACAGAAGGCUCCUACAGCAGCCCAGCCGCAGGGUGCAGUGCGUGCCCAGGUCCCAGCUGACCUAUCACUCGAAGAGCGACAGCAGAUGGAUGUGAAAAGCCUUUAAAUUCAGCACAUGAUCAAUGCUAAACCGAUCUCUUGGAGUCCUUUAUAAGAUUGCCCCAGCCUCAUGCAUCCAAUUGUAACAAAAAAAUCAGUCGGCACGCUGGGGAGAUGUGAGAAAUGCUGUAGAUCCCAUUUAGGAUGCAGAGAGCCAGAGUAAGUAACUUCACAUUGUUUCUUGCAGUAAAUAAUUUAUUCAGCUUACAUUUUGGUUUAUUGCCCCUGCCCCCACCAGCUCCCUUCUACCAGUUUUCUUCUUUUGUCCUGAAAUUCCCUCUCUGGAUCACUUCUGUCGCUGUGAUUCCCUGCCACACACAUGGGUGUUUGUGCACGCGCAGUGGCACAGAUCUGACCCAGUUCAGCUUCUGCUGGUUGCCGUUUAUCAGGGCCAGCAGUGCUGGAGCAGGGAUGCUGCCUUUUCACCCAGCUUCCUCACCCCGGGCUCUUCCCCAGCACUGCUUUUACACGGUGUCAGAAUGCGUUAAUGAAAACGUUUGGAAUGCGUUAGCAAUGCUAAUAGUAUUGCUGUACUAAUUAGGAAUGCCAUUCGAACGAACUCUCGCUUAACGAUACAAAUUACCAGCCAGCCAGGCGCAGAGCGAGGGCUGCAGCUGCUGCAUGGAGAGCAGCGAUUACGGGGUGUGAAGCUCUGGCACGGGGCCUGGCAGCAGAAUGAGGCCCUGGGCUUCUCCAUGCUGUCAGAGCCAGGAGGAACCCUGCAGCGGGCGCUCUGCAUCUGGGCCAGGGUGCAUGGUGGGCUCUGCCCUGACUGUACAGCUUUUCUGGUGCGAGCUCCGGUGGUACUGCUGAACCAGAUGGCCUGUGUGUCAAUGCAAGUUGCUGCAGCUGCAAAAAGAACAGUUUGACGUGAGUCCCUGCCAUGGGAAGGAGCUUGUCUGGCCCUGUUAGCAGUGGCAAGGCUUGUACUGCAGCUCCAAAGCCCUUGGCAGCUCCUGGGCAUCCUGCUUCUGGGAAGCUUGGUGGAAAGGGCUGAUUACAAAUAGGCGGCUGUUCCCAGAGCUGAAAAUUGUAGUUGGGAAGAGCAUCACCUGCAUACCCCUGUCCCCAGCCUACUCCUGUGUGUUGCUCCUGGCUACACUGAAGACACAACACAAAUUGAAAAGACUCUCAGCAGAAACCAUUUGGUGCCUGAGGAAACCAGAACCCUGCAGACACCUUUCAUGGAGUGGUUUUGUAGGAGACAGGUGGAUGCUGAGAGGAUCCAACCCCACUUUUGGUUCUGUUUACCUCUGGUUGCUGUGAAAGGCAGGAGAGUCAAAAUCAGGGGCUGUGGUCUGUUUGCCAGACCCAAAUGGCACCUUCAGGAGCGGAUCUUCAGACCUUGUGCAACCUUCAUGGGCUGUUUUACUGCUCCUUCCAGCCAGGCAGCAGGUGACCUUUCGGAGAGAAAUGAUCCCAGCAUCAAUGUGAUAUUUUGCGUGCUGUCCCCUUGGGAAUUGGUAAGUAUUUAUAGGCCAAAUCUGAGUUAUUCUAAUCCUUUGUUUUGUGAUGUGCUGGCAAGGUGUCACCAUCUGGAGGUCGGGGGCUGCUCUGGGUGUUCUGGAUCCAGACCAGAAUGCCUGAAAUGCCUUUGGAGCACUUACUGGGCCUUGGUCCAACCAGAGCUGAUGCUAAUGGUGCAGAGCACUGCAUAGCCCUGUAGGUGAGUGCUGUGGCAUCUCAGCACCUCUACAGCCAUUCUCGAGUCUCUGGCUUUGCUUUCUGUUCAAGGAAACGCCUUGGCUUGACCCCAUCCUCUCCCUGUGGGAUCAGGUAUGCCAUGCCCAUGGGGCUCUCUGCUGGCAGACCCUCCGUGGCAGCAGCCAGUGGUCCAGGGCCUCUCACGGCCGCGUCAGGCAGCACUGACAGCCCUGGUGUGAAAUAAGACGAAUGGGCUGAAGUUGGUGAAAAUGAUUCUAAUUUAUAAUCUACUGCUUUGUGGAGCUCCCCAAUUAAUUCUCUGUAGAUACAUAAGUAGGCCACAUGUUUGCUUUGCUUCAAGUGUAAUAAACAUUACGCUCUGUCCUCUGCUUUUGGUGCUGGUUCCUGUCAGAGCGUUAGUCCCUAUAGCUAAUUUCUCACACCUGUCUCCCAGGCUCCUGGGAGCUGGGCUGAGCACAGGGAGGAAAUGCCAGGCUGCAGGAAACUUGUGGCAUGGAGAGAUAAAUUGCUGAUCAAAGGGCUAGCACACAGUGCCUCUGAAUAUUUAGUUGCAAGCGAGGCAGCCAAACCCACUCAGGAAAGAGCUUUGUUCUUGAAGAGCUGUUUGCCUGGCUCUGCUCUGCAGCAGUGAGCAGCUGGGGUGUGGUGGGGUGAUGGGAUCAGCACUCCUCCGAGCCGUGCAAAGGAACAGAUUUUGGGGUGUGACAGCAAUAAGGGGCUGUACUCAGCUGUUGAGGUGGGAAGGGUGCCAGACGGUAGGUGGGACAUUCCUCUAUCUAGAUGGUAAGAGUGCUCGGGUUGAGGUGGCAAGUUCUGAUGAAGAGACAAACACCAAAUUUUGCUGGAUGCGUGACCUUCCUGCUUGCCCUGGUCUUUCUAGCUGCCCAGAGACCUUCCCCAGACCUUCAUCUGCAUUCUGCACCCAGCAAAAAACCCUCACCAUUUUUUACUUGCACCAGUUUGCUCAGUACCCUGACCUUGCUCUGGUGCUCUGUCAGUUCAUUGGGUGAGGAAGCACAAAGCUGCUUUGCUUGUAGAGAUGGAUUUGAGGGAGGGUGAACAAACAAAUUGCCACGCUGCCCGCAGGCGCCAGUGAGCACCUGUUCCCAAGACAUAGAGCGCAGUCUGGGUUUGGGUCCAGAGCACUGGACAUGGAGAGCUAAAGCACUACAGCAGGAGGAUGGACAGAGCUCUUGAGACUCUGUGCAGCUGGCUGGAGGCAUUUCUGUAUGGCCCAGGGCAAAGCAGCAUUGCCCUUGGGUGCCUGCUGCUCACCCUAUGCCCAGCAGCCAGCUCCUGGCAGCUGCAGAGUACGUUUCCAGCCCUGAGAUGGAGUGUUUCUCCCUCAUCAGUCCAGUUUGGUUCAGGAGUGAUGGAGCACUCACAGCAGGAGUGAGCUGAGGCUGCUGGGCAGCCAGGCUGCUGGAGCAUGACUUUUUAAAUGCUUUCCAUUACAGCUCUCUGUAGUUUGUGUCUCUCCAGAGCUGCUUUUUGCACAGCAGGGGGAUGGAACUAGGUGAUCCUGAAGGUCCCUUCCAACCCAAGCCAUGCUGUGAUUCUAUGGUCUUAGCAAACAGGAGCUUUCAGAUUACAUUGCUGCAAGGGCAGCUCCGGGCUCCUUGAAUGUGUCCCUGGGGAGAGCUGCUCUGCACCUUGGUUUGAGGACCCCUAACACCUCUGCAGAGGCUGUGUCAAGGUUCUGGCAGUGGGGAGGGAGAGGGCAGUCUCUUAUGGAGGAGGACUAUGUAUUUCAGCCUUUCUUAGCCCUGCUCUGCUUCCUCUAUUCCUGUCUCCUGCUCUUUCCUUACCACAGUGACAUCACAGAGAGAAGACAAGGGACUGCAAGGAGUUGGAAGAGGUGUCAGAGCUGAGCAUCUAGGGCCCACCAAGCCCAGGACCUUCCUCAGCCCCAGAUUCCCUCAUCUUUGUCCUACCUGCUCAUACUCAGAGAGCUGCCAGCAUGGUGCUUGCACCCAGCAUCCCCAUCCUGGCCUGGCUCCUGUCCUGAAUAUAUUUUUACAUGUUAUGACUCAGAGGUUUUUAAAUUUAAUGGGUUCUUUUUUUCUUGCUUGCUUCUUAGCACCUGAACUGGAUCCUCUCUGAGCUGCUGCCAGCUCCAAGGGAUUACAAGUGAAUAAUUCAGGUUCGAUGCUGUUUGAAGUUUCAGGGAAGGAAGUGCCAUGUGAGGCCUGAUCCCCACACCUGUCCCAGGGCUAUGCUGCUCCAAAAGCAAUCUCAAGAACACCCUGAGGAGCCGCACUGAACAUUUCUGUGUGGAUGUUGCCUUCCCAGCUCCUGGCAGCCUGGACUGAGGCUGUUUGUACAGGAGCAGCUCCCCAGCAUCAGAAGAUUGCUGCAAGGCUUGAGAGUGCCGUGGAAUGAAGUGCAGCAUCCUGCUUGACAGCCUAGGUCCAGGAGGGGUUAAAUGGCAGACUGUUGUGUCUGUUCCAGCUGCAAUGAAGCAUAGAGAAGAAGGCAAUGGACAAACAUGACCUGCUGUAAAGAAAUUUACAACUGAACGUAAGUCAAAAGCUGAAUGGCUGUCAGAACCUGGGAGUUCUUCUGUGACAAAGAUGGUGGGAGCCACAUCCAUGGGCACUCAUGUUUGGCAGCUUGUUCUCAAAUGGCCUUCAGAGAGGUUUCCGCAAGCAAAAGUUUGUGUUGAGAGAGGGAAAGAGAGGGAUAGCACAAAGGGUCUCUUUGAAUUUCAGAAAGGCUCCUAGGCAUCUUUGGAGGGAUGGCGAUGAUCACAGAGGGAUUAUACUUUGUCUCAAGGGGUCCCUGCUGCUAGAAAAUGCCUCUGGGAGUCUGUCCUGGAUGAGGCAGUGCUUUCCUACCCCACUGCACCGCUGCUCAGACACUUCUCUUUUCAAACAGCACUCACGGAUCGCCUGUUGCUAUUGAAACUGCUGUGGCACCGAUGGCAGAACCAGGAGGAAUGAGGCAUUGGGAGCUGCUAUCCAGCCAGUGCCUUUGUGCUGCUCUGCUGCUGAACUUCAGCAGGAGAGCUGAGUUUGGGUUUGCUGCUGCCGGCACCUUUGAUCCUCAGGCUGAGGGCUGCAGGCGUGGCUGGAGGAGGAAGGGGUUUGCAGUGCACUGUGUGAUGGAGAUGCAGAGGGUUUGGCCGAGGUGCUCAUCUUUGCUGAGCACAGAGCACAGCUCUGCUCGGCUCUGCAACCCCUCGGGGUCAGGAAGCAGAGCUCUUUGCAUCCCAGGGAUGUGUGUUCCCAUCAGUGCUCUCCAUGGCCUGUGUUUGCGUAACGCCAGGUGUUGCUGCUUCUUGAGACGAGGGACACAGAUACGCUGGGAAAUUAUUUUUAACCUCCUGCAAUUUGCUGUUCAGAAAGAUGUCACAUUUGUCAGGGCUGGUUCAUAGCAGCCGCAGUGGAGGCAAUCUUUCCUCAUAUAUACACCUCUUUUGUAAGGUGGCUCUCACAAAAUGUAAGUAUGAUCUUUGAUGGCUUCUGAGAGCUCUUGGAAGAACUAACAAGCAUAUCACAGGGUCCAGCAUUAAACCCUUCCCUGCUGGGAUGCAGUUGAGAAUGGAAACUAUCAGGCAGUUUGAGAUCCAUUUAACAGCAAUUAGUGUAGAUGAAAGAAACGCUAACGUGAAAGCGCCAGUCUCUGUGCGUAGGGUCAGAGGAGGAGAGAAACGUGGAAGAGAAAAUAUAAACGUGACAAAACGUGGUUAUGUAUCCUACGAAACAACGACUUCCUGUAAAUUUUUUCAUGCGAGCAGAAGCCAAUCAGUCUGUGACAUGAUUGAAGACCUGCAGUAAAACCGUGGAGCUGACAGAAUUGGAAUUCUGUAUGUGGUAUGAAAGGAAAGGCAAGCAUCCAAUGAAUGAGAGCCAGAAGCUGCAACAGCAGAAGUCUGGACAGGAGGACUGCCCUUUGGAAAGGAGAAAUCACCUCUGGUAACAGAUAUGGAGCAUUUACAGAAAGCAGGAGUAUUUCCCAGGAAAAUCCCAAGUUAUAGCAAAUGUGGCCCUAAAGUACAUCCGAAAACUGUGACUCAGAAUCUGUUCUUCAAGGCUGCAUCUUCUGGAGGACUCUAGGUAAAAGUGUAUUGUGGACUUCAUGCUGUGAAGCGCUGUAUGAAAUGCAGAGGUUAGGUUGGCUUCGGAGGGGCAGGUGGGGUUGGUAGUGUGGUAGCCCUGGAAAAAGGAAAGGAAGGAAUACAGAACAGCUAAACUUCGUUCUGUGGGCAAAGGGCAAGGUGGGCUACAUUUCAGUCUGUUCUAGAAGUUCCUACACUGGUAGGUUCUACACUCGUGACGUAGGAGAGAUGACACAAUUUGCCAUUUGGAAAUACUCAUGUUUGUUAUAACGUUAGGAUUGUUCCCUGGAUCCUGGUUACUGAGUGAGCUCGACAUGGUGCUCUUGUGCUGUGCCUUUGGGGAGGCUUGGGUUCCUGCAGCUGCACACACGUAUCAUGAAAUGAUUCACAGGGAAAUCUGUUAGCAGAGACAGAAGAAAAACACAUGGUGCAAAGAAAGUGUAUUUCAAAGGCAGCCCUCUAUGAGAGGGGCUGUAGGAGCCAAGGAGUUCACAUGGCAUGCACAGACGUCUGUUAAAAGGCGGUGGAUCUGUUGGCGACGGCUGGGCAGGGUUUGCACAGGAGGGGGUUGGGCAUGGGAAAGGAUGGGUUUUCAUGCUGUACCUCCAGAUGCAGGCACUGGACAGGGGCUCCUUCACCUGCAGUGCUGGGGCUUUGCUGCUCCCUCCCAGCCACGUUAUUUUUCAGGCUAAUGAGCUCAGCCAUUACAGCACCAGCGUACUCCAAAAGGGGUCACGUUGCUGUGCCUUGCUGGGGUGCGAGUCCAAAGACCAUCCUAAUACCAGAAAUAAACUACUGCUAUUUUCCAACUUA